CGUCGAAAUCGUUAGUUGAUAGUAAAGACAAAAGAGACAGAGAAGAAAGAAAGAGAAGAUACUUGUUGGAAGAGAAAGAGUGAGACGAUUUUCGUGAGAGAGUGAGAAUGAGUGAGAGACAAUAACAAUCAUCUAAUAGUUUUAAUUGUUGUUCUUUAAUUUAGUUACAAAUCAUUUUCAUCUUUAAUCAACAUCCAUUUACAUCGUCACUUUAUCGUGACUUCUGGUAACUUUUAGUUAACUUUGAAUCGUUUCUGUUGUUAAUUGUUGUUGUUGUUGUUUAAAUCAUCGUUCAAUUGUCAAUCAUGGCUCCUCGACAAUUUACUGCCCCGAAGGCCUGGAAACGACCUUACACUUCAAUCUAUAACGAUAAUUAUCGUUUCGGUAAUUCACUUUACUCAUCAGCAAUCGAUGAUAUCGAACGAAAAUACAACGAAUCAAUGGCAAAGACAAGUUACCGAUCCGAUCGACCUGACCUUGGAUUAUCAUCUAUGUCAGGUCAAGGUGGACAUUCAGCUCCUGUACCAACAUCAUCAUCAUCUCCUAUUCCAGAAUCGGAGACCCGAAGACGAGCUCGUGCUGCCGGUGUAUUUGAUUUAUUAGAUAGCGAUUUAACUUCAGGCCGAAUCUCACCUUCACCCGCAGUCGGAUUAACGGCUUUUGGAUCAUCCGAAUUGAGGAAAUCAUCUUCAUUUCAUGCAUAUCAAUCAAUUAAACAUCUAAAUGCAAUGGAAUCGAGUCUUGAAGAAUCGCGAUCUCGACGAGCUCGAUCCCGACGACGACCUGAAUCGGCCUACUAUUCAACCGACGAUUACACUCUUCCACCCUUCUCCCCACUCACCCCACCACCUCUGCCCACUCAUCAUCAUUCACCUAAACCAACAUUUGAUUCAGUUGAUGCUCAAUCUCAAGCUUUAUGGAUGGAAAGAUGCCGUGAACUACAGAGUGAAGUGGAUCGACUGAAUUCAAUGUUAAUCGAAACCGAAAGUCGGAUCAAAACGGAGGCCGUUUCCGUUAAGAACAAAUUAAACAUGGAGGUCACUGAUUUACUAAUGACAAUCGAUGAACAGGAACGAUACUCUAAAGAAUUACAAUCAGCCCUGAAAAAGCAGCAACGACAAGUUCAGGAAUUACAAAAUGGUUACGAUUCGGUUACUCGAUGUUACUCCGAUUCCAUGGAGGAAUUGGCCUCAAUUCAACGAAAGGCCUCACAACUUUGCCACGAAGUGGAUAACCUAAGAUCCAGUAUCGAUAAGGCUAUCUUCAAACCAUCAACCCCUUCAAGGCAAAAUUACCGUUACAAUUACUAUCAUUGAUUUAAUAUCCACAAUUAGUUAAUUGUUGCCCAUUGUGAGAGCUGAUUGUUGAUUAAAAUUCAUUCAUUUCUUGGGAACAAUAAAAUUAAUUUAUCUCAUGAA